AUGUCGCCGUCACCUUUUCUGUUCAAGCUUUCUGGAUUCACCUUCUUCUGCUUCUCUCAUGGCACCGACUCAAAUCCAUCGUUGAUUCGCCGUCACCAGAAUUUUGGUCAGUCUCUGUCGGUCGCUUUCGUCCUUCGAUUGUUCCGCCAUCUCAAUAUCUCCCAAAUUCCGCUCGCUUCAACCUCCUCUCAGAUUUCUGUCUCCUCUUCUUCUCUCGAACUCAGAAGGCGCUAUCACCACAAACUUCUUCUCCGUUUCCUUUGUCGAGCUUCAACCUCGAGAGUAGAAAAUGAUGAUGGAAGAUUCAGAGAUGUGCUUGAUUAUGGAGGUGGAGAAGAGAAGUUGAUGUUGAAGGAUGAAGAAGCAAUGCCGAAAUAUUGCAAGUUCUGUGAAGAUUUGCAGACGAUGAUGAAUAUCAUUAAUGAUGAAGUUUGGGAAGUUAGUAGUUUGGAGCUAUUGAUGGAGAAUGGGCUGUUUAGAAAAUGGUUAGGGAAUGUGUUUGACAGUUGGUUGGUUUUGGGACAGUUAGGGAUUCUGUUUUGGUUUACUGUUACAGGUUAUGGAAUGGUUAUGGCAGUUUAUUCAAUAUUUUUGCAGGUUCCAUUUAUAUCAUAG